AUGCGUCAUUUUAAUCCUAAAUGGUUUGUUGAUUAUCAUGGGUGGUUGGAGUAUAGUAUAAGUAACGAUGCAGCAUAUUGUUUGAGUUGUUAUUUGUUUAAAAACGAUAACAUUCAUCAAGGUGGAGGUGAUAUAUUUUCGAGCAUAGGGUUUAAGAGUUGGAACAAAAAGAAGAGCUUUGAUAAGCAUGUUGGUGGGCCAAGUAGCUUUCAUAAUCAAGCAAAAAGGAAAUUUGUAGAUCUACUACGGCAACAACAGUCCAUUAUAUAUGCAUUUGAGAAGCAAUCUGAUCAAGUUAAGCAUGAUUACUGGAUUCGCUUAACUGCUUCGGUUAAUGUCGUAAGACUUCUUUUGAAGCAAGGAUUUGCAUUUUGGGGUCAUGAUGAAUCUAAAACGUCAUUUAACAUGGGUAAUUUUCUUGAAAUUAUCUUAUGGUAUGCAAAAGAAUGUGAUAAAAUUCAUGAUUGUGUAUUGGAAUAUGCUCCUCAAAAUGAUCAGAUGACUUUUUCAAUGAUUCAAAAAGACGUUGUGACUGCAUGUAAGAUGGAAACAAUUAAAGCUAUCAUUAAAGAAUUAAAUGGUGACUACUUUGCCUAA